GGAACGGAAUGACAGAAAAGGAGUAUCCAUAGUCGAAGAGAAGUCUCACUCAAGUGAAACAGAUAUCGACGGCAUUACUGCCUCUCUCAAAGCUCUUACUAUAAAUCGGGUUAAACAGGAACCUAACAAUGAUAGUAAAAUUGAUAAGAUUGAAUCAGAUAUUAAAGAAUUGAUGAAAGUAGUUAAAGAACUUACUAGCAAUAACUCAUCUUCUGUUUUCACUCGUUCAAGAAAUCUAAACUCUGUGCAAAACCCAAGGCCCCAAAGGAGUAACGUCGAUAAUCGUCAGUGUUUCAAUUAUCAACAGGAAGGGCAUAUUUCGCACAACUGUCCGAAUAGAAUACUUCAAAAUCCACCUGUUGAACGAGGGAAUGAACAGACAGAUGCAAGAAAUGAAGCUAUUGAAGUAAGAGGCGCAAACAUUCGAUAUUUUGAAGUAACAUUGGGGUCAGAUAAUCCGGGAAUUGAAUGUUUGAAAGUUGAGAUGAUAAAAAGAGAGCCCAUAUUUAAUGUAAGAAAUUGGGACCUCAGAAAAAGAAAGCGUACUGAUGAAGGUGAGGAAGAAAAAAGAAAAAAUUAA